AUGAUCUCUUCAGACAAACAGGGGAAAUGCCCCGUAGAUGAGGAAACCAAAAAAUUAUGGCUGCGAGAACAUGGCAACGAAGCACAUCCUGGAGCCGCUGCCUCGAAUAAUCAGUUAGAGUGUUCUGCAAACGCGCAACAGAAUGAAAAGGAGCCUCAAUAUUCCAGCAACGUGGACCUCUCACAGUCCAGAGAGAUUUCUACCAUACCAAGGACCAAUUCUGAUAGAAACUGGAUAUAUCCAUCAGAGAAGCAAUUCUAUGAGGCGAUGAUGAAGAAAAACUGGGAUCCAAACUCGGACGACAUGAAAGUGGUUGUGCCUCUACACAACUCUAUCAACGAGCGGGUUUGGAACUAUAUUAAAAGCUGGGAGGACAAGCAGGGUGGUGAAGCGUGUGGCGGUAUCAAAUUGACAAAUUUCAAAGGCGAUUCUAAAAAACUGACACCAAGAGCAUGGUUCAGAUCUCGCAUCUUGCACCUUGCCAAACCUUUUGAUAGACAUGAUUGGCAAAUAGACAGGUGCGGUAAAACUGUAGACUAUGUAAUCGAUUUCUAUUCUACUGAACUAAACGAUGCGAAUCAGCCGCAGCAGCCACUUAUUUACCUCGACGUAAGACCAAAGUUAAAUAGUUUUGAAGGUUUUAGGUUGAGGUUUUGGAGAUCUUUAGGCUUUUGA